CGAUAUCCCGAUUGGUAGAGUGCGUGUCAAGAUGCCUGAGCCCGCGAAGUCAGCGCCGGUGCCCAAGAAGGGGUCGAAGAAGGCCAUCACCAAGACGCAGAAGAAGGGCGACAAGAAGCGCAGGAAGACCCGAAAGGAGAGUUACUCCAUCUACGUCUACAAGGUGCUGAAGCAGGUCCACCCCGACACCGGUAUCUCCUCCAAGGCCAUGAGCAUCAUGAACUCCUUCGUCAACGACAUCUUCGAGCGCAUCGCGGCCGAGGCUUCCCGCCUGGCUCACUACAACAAGCGCUCCACCAUCACCUCUCGGGAGAUCCAGACGGCCGUCCGCCUCCUGCUGCCCGGCGAGUUGGCUAAACACGCCGUCUCCGAGGGGACCAAAGCUGUCACCAAGUACACCAGCUCCAAAUAGACUCACCGGACCGCAGGGAAAACUUAACCCGCCAACCUCCCCCCAAAGGCUCUUUUAAGAGCCGCUCACUUCCUUCUGAAAGGGCUGCAAGCGCUUUAUAAGCUAU